CAGCCUUCUUUUCAGGCCGACCUCCAAGCUGCUGGCCAACUCUGCUGUUUGUGAUCCCAUCCAGAGGCCACAGGCCACCUUCUGAAUCACACGCACCAGCACAUCAAGACCCAGGGGUCGAGAGAACAGGAGAUCACAGCCUCCCACCCAGGCACCGCCAACACCCCAGCAUGUCCCAGGACCAGGAGGACCCAAAGAGAGCCAUGCCCACGGAGAGGAAGUCCGUCUGGAGGUCCCCCGAGGAGAGGCGGAUGUCCGACCUCACGCGGGUGCUGGAGUGGCUGGAGCGGAGGCGGGGGAAGAAGAAGCUAGAUCUCCAGAAGUCAAAAACCAAGGUGGAGCUGCCCCCCAAAGCCGCUGAGAAGGAAAAGAAGAAACGCAAAGUGGCGAAACAGCAGGCUGUCAAGAAAAACUCUGUUAAGAAUGAGGAAGCCCUCUACCGGAGGAUGUACGGGUCAGAGCAAAUGGGAGCCCGCCUCAGCGUAGCAUCCACCGCCUACAACAAGGAAAGCUCCCGCAAGUCUGAGCUGGACAUCAAGGACGCCAUCGCCCUGGAGUCCACUCAGCGGCCCAGCAUGUUCCGCCGGCAGAGCAGCAUCGGAGACCCGCUGCUGCAGGAAGCCAUCUUCAGCAGCCGCAGGGGGACCCUCAUCCGAGACUGGGGGAGCAAGGCGCAGGACGCGUCUUUUGAGCGCAAGCUCAAGACCCUCAUGGAUAAGAGCACGGAGCCCAAGAUGGAGUCCCUGAAGAUGCUCAAGCCCGAGGAGGUGCUCAGCUGCCGCCCUCCUCCUGUGCAGGUACCUGAGACUGUCCAAGAACAACAUCCGGACCCUGCUCAAGCUCUGCAGGGACGCGGGGCUCAGCAUGGACAUCCACCCCCACAUGACCGAGUCCGAGAUCGAUUCUAAGAAGGUCUUCGGCCGGAGUUCCAGCGCAACGCCCUGAGCCGUCCUGGCCUCGCAGCCUGCGGGUCCUCCUGCCCUGGGGCCCUUGGCCACCAGGUGCCGGCCGCCCUCUGGCCGUGGCCACAGCCCCCCAGACACAGUGCGUCUCUCUUCGACCGUGACACUGGGACUGUGUGCGUCCUGGAGCCUGGGUAGGCUCUGCCUCGACACCCAGGUCCAAACCCCCCUGAAAUAAACCGUGUUUCUCCCCCUGCC